AUGGCUUCCGGAAAGGUUUCAGUCCAGGAGGCAGCAAAGCUUUCGGAGGAGGGAAAGUACACGUACCUGGACGUGAGGACCGAGAAGGAGUUCGCAGCGAGCCACCCCAAGGGUGCCAGCAACAUCCAAUGGGCUUUCGCAGGGGACAGCGGGUUCACCCCCAACCCCGACUUUGUGUCAGAGGCGGCGGGGUACACCCAGCUCAAGGACGUGGAGGGCGGCUUCGGGGCCUGGACCGCUGCCGGACUGCCGACCGAGUCGUGA